AUGGCGACGAGCGAUUCGGAGGAGAAACAGCUUCUGCAGUCCAGAGAGGCGACAGUCUCAGCGGCAGAAGAUUCAUGCAAUUGGGCAGUGAUUCUGGGAACGCUUCUGGCAAUAGGUGCGCUGGUGAGUUUGUUUGUGGUGAUCUUCAGUGCAUUUGUGACCCUUUGGUUGUGGCCAAUCUUGGGGGUUCUUCUCCUCGUUGGUCAUGGCCUACUUCUUUUUGCCGUUGCUGACUCACAAACAAGACUCGCAACGCCGGCAAAGCUCUCUGCCGCAGCGCUCUUCCUUGAAGUCUUGUGCUAUGUCUUCUUGGUGCCGACCUACCUCUUUCGUUCCUUCAUUGUACCCUGGUGGUGGUGGAAUGCUUCAGUGAUCCUGUUCGUUCUGCCAUCAUUGAUCUUGCUAUGGGUGACCAUUUGCCAGUCCCUGUGUGGCACAACCGUGGAGAAGUGCUCGGCAGGGGGUCUCAUGGUGAUCUCCCUGGUCAUCCUUCUAGUUGGAGUGCUGCUUCUUGUUGCAGGGAACUUCUCUCCCACCUGGCUCUUGAUGACACUGCCGUCAUCGCGAUUGGUGGAAGAGAUCCAAACAAUUCGUAAUUAUGUGCAAAUGUCCAGUGCUAAAUUGGAUGUGACGGUGGGAUAUGAGAUUUGUGACAUGGCCACCUCCGAGUGUAGCAUGAAGAAGUUCGUCGGUUGGACUGUGGUGAAACCAGGUGGAGCUACUGCUUGCCUAGAUGGAGACUUUGAAUUCGUAGUCUAUCCUGGUGAUCCUGGCAGACUCCUUUUCCAUUUGCAUGGUGGAGGCGCUUGCUGGAACUGGAUGACCUUCCUCCUGGGCAAGUGCACCAAGAAGUCCCCCAUGAAGCCGACGGGCAUCUUCAACGUGACCAACCCAAAUAACCCCUUCUACAACUGGACCUUGGUUGAUGUGCCGUACUGCUCAGGGGACGUGUUUAGCGGUGCGACGGAGAACUUCUGGAUCAUGCCACAGCAAACGGCCAGUGCUUGGAAGUCUCAGGCAGGAUACGCCAACGUGAACUCGGUUCUGGACUGGGUCAAGGUCCAGUUUGCUGGAGCUGUGCCAGCCUUGAGGACUCUGUCCUAG